GUUGGAUUUUAUAAAUUGCAACAUUAACUUAAUUUUUAUUAUAUUUUUGUACUGUGGCAACUUUUCUCUCUCUUGCUCUGCGACACGGACCGAAUACACGUAUGUAAUUAUUUGCAAUCGCCUUUUUAUUUACUGAAAAUCUGAAUCUCCUGCAUCAGCGCACCAGCCCUAUCAACACACUACACCGCUGCACAUGGUCCUUCGAAAAAAGAAGCGCUGCUGGGAGACGAAACUCCAGGUUUGCAAACAAAUUUACGGCCGUGUCGCACGAGGCCAUUUUUUUUUGGUGAGCAUUGAGCAAGCAAACGGGCUCGCGAUUUCCUGUGAGACUGGUCGUCGCUACAAAAUCGCAAUACCUACACGAUUCGACGGCCACAAUUACAAGGUCCACAGGAGGAAGCCCAGCAUCAGCAUCGAUCAAAAUUCGAUUUCACCGUCGUCGCCGGAGUCCCCUCUGCAGGUGCGAAGAGUACACUUGGCAGCAAGAUAGGGUGUUCCGCGAGAGCAAGCGAGACGGAGCACAUCGAAAUUCGAAAGAUUCGCAUUUCAUCGCACGCCCGCACGCAACAAUAGGAAUAGGACAAUCGUACGGGCGCGAAAGAGACAGCAAGUGACGCCGCAAAACUUCACAGCAGCAACAGGCGAGCUCGCGCAACCGCCAUUUUGUUGGGAAGAAUUGGAUCGCCGUCGCCGAUCAAUACUGUAUAAAAAAUAUUACAAUACUGUGUAAAAGUGUUUAAUAUAGCAGUGAAUCUUGUAAUACAUAGUUAAUAGUGUUCCUGUAAAGUUAUUAUUGUGUUAUUAACGUAAAGUACAGGUAAUAUUUGUUAUAAGAAUCGACAAGCUUAGCGAACAAUGGAAGACCUAAAGAAAAAAGUCGCCGCACGCGGUUAUGUGAAAGGUACUAUGACUAGAUUAUUUAAUUUCGUGAACAUUGCCAAUUUAGACGAUAUUUCCAUUAAUGACCUAUGCACAAAACGUGAUAGGCUCAAUGUGGCUUUUAAAGAAUACGAAGCCCUAUGUAAAGAUAUUCUCGGUCUUGACUCCGCCGACGAGGAGGAUGUGGAGUCGGUGGAGGACAAUUAUUUUAAAACUUUAUCAGCCUUUGACAAACGCAUCAAGCCUCUUGAUUCAAACCCUUCAGGCUCUUCCACUUAUGAAAAAACACAUAAAACUAAAUUACCACCUAUAUCCAUAAAACCCUUUGAGGGCACAUACACAGAAUAUGUUCCAUUUAUCAAUUUAUUUAAUUCAUUAAUUCAUAAUGACAAAAGCCUAGACAAUAUACAAAAAUUCUAUUAUUUAAGAACAUUGUUAAAGGGUGAGCCAUUCGAUUUAGUCAAAAACUUGCCGGUCGAAGCUCUCAGUUAUGAUGCAGCUUUAAAUUUACUAAAAAAUAGAUAUGAAAAUAAAUAUAGAAUAAUCUCUGAGCACAUUUGCAAGCUAUUAGACUUAAAACAAAUAGUAAAAUCAACAGCAGUCUCACUCAGAGAAUUUAUUUCAACAGUUAGGCAGCAAAUAGCUGCCAUCAAAUAUCAAGAACCUAAUGUUAUAUACUGGGAUGCUAUAUUGUUGUGUAUUCUCUCUCGCAAACUAGACAGUUACACUGCGAAGGCCUACCAACUUGACCAGGAUAUGAAUGCUAAGCCGCAAUUGGAGGAUUUUCUCAAUUACAUUGAGAACCGAGCCAACGCACUGGAGAACGUCGAGCAGGGACAUCAACCCCAUCCUGGUAAUAGUAGCAGUAAGGUAGCAGCAGUCGCCACUACAGGAGCAACAUGCACUUACUGUAAGUCUUAUGAACAUAAAUUGUUUAACUGUAAAAAGUUUCAGUUAUUGCCUGCAAAUGAUAGAUACACAUUUGCCAAGGAAAAAAAAGUAUGUAUGAUUUGUUUAGGUCAGCAUGGUGGCAAAUGCAGGUUUCACUUCCGGUGCUCAGAGUGCAAGAAGCCUCAUAACACUCUGCUUCACUGCAAUUUAAGUGAAACCCCACCAGCUGUCACCUUAUCAAGUAAUGUUGAUAACAAUGUACUUUUGCCUACAGCUAAAAUCAAGGUAGUAGCAAGGGACGGUACUCAAUACAUUAUCAAGGCGUUACUGGACAGCGGAUCUCAAGUUUCAUUUAUAACCACAAAGGUUGUUCAGCUAUUAGGAUUAACGCCCUUGCAAAGUGAUACUUGUAUUAUUGGAAUCACUAAUGAAAAGAGUAAUAUUAAGUACUGCAUUCCUAUUGAAAUUCAUUCAUUAAAUUCACCAUUCAAGACAACAGUAACUUGUCAUGUACUUAAAGAUGUAACAUGCAAAUUACCGCAAAACAAAUUUGAUGUCUCUAGGGUCAUUAUACCACCCAACAUUAUAUUGGCAGAUGACCAAUUUAAUGUUCCUAGUGAAAUCAACAUGUUAUUAGGGGCUGAUGUAUUUUUCCAGACGCUAUUGCCCAACGAGCAGCGCAUGACCAUCAGCCUGCCCAGCCACAGCAACCAGUCAUCAGCUGUGCCCCGGAGUGCUGCUCAUCCACCACAACAGCCUAGUAGCACACAGCUACACGUCUUCAACACAUACUUCGGGCACAUUGUAGGAGGGAAUCUGCCACCUAAGUGUUUCAGAAGGAGACUUGGCAGAUUUAAUCGGCUUUGCUGACGCUUCGAGUAAGACAGCCUACGGAUGCUGUGUGUACCUGCGAGUCACAGACCAAACAGGUACAACGAAAUUGCAUCUACUUUGUUCGAAGUCGCGAA